AUCUUCACUUCAUCUAGUCCGCCGCGAACAGCCGUGGGGGUAGUGUCGUUGCCAAAACGAUUCGCAUAAAUAAAAAACAUACCGGUGUUACACAGCCGGUAUAACAUAUAACACAAAAAUAACAAUACAAAUUACCAAUAAGUGUACAUUUAAUUGAUGAGUUGUGCGAACUGAUUUUUAGUACUCAGUGCAUCAGUGGUUUUCACGCGAUCUCCGUGCCUGCAUUUCUUGGUGGUGCAAGUAGCUCGAGUGUGAAAAGGUAAUGAUGAACGGGCACAGCAACGGAGACAUGAACGGAGCCGGCGACAUCAUCACCCAGAACCAGCAGCGCGGCUGGUGGACCAUCGGGCUGAUCAACUCGCGCUACCGGUACCUCACCGCGGAGACCUUCGGCUUCAAGAUCAACGCUAACGGCACCAGCCUCAAGAAGAAACAGAUAUGGACGUUGGAGCCUGCCUCGGGGAAUGCUAAUGACAGCAUGAUCUACCUGCGGUCGCACCUGGACAAGUACUUGGCGGUGGACUCCUUCGGGAACGUCACCUGCGAGUCUGAGGAGAAGGAACCCGGCAGCAAGUUCCAUAUCAGCGUGUCAGACGACAACAGCGGUCGGUGGGCGCUGCGCAACGUGGAGCGCGGGUACUUCCUCGGCUCCAGCUCCGACAAGCUUACCUGCACCGCCAAGGUGCCCGGAGACGCUGAGCUGUGGCACGUGCACCUCGCGGCCAGGCCUCAGGUGAACCUGCGUUCGAUCGGUCGCAAGCGCUUUGCUCACUUGUCCGAGUCCCUGGACGAGAUCCACGUGGACGCGAACGUGCCCUGGGGCGAGGACACGCUCUUCACGCUGGAGUUCCGCGCUGACGAGGGAGGGAAAUAUGCCCUUCACACCUGCAACAACAAGUAUUUGAGCGCUGGAGGGAAGCUGCAAGACGAUUGCACAGCGACAUGCCUGUUCAGCGCUGAGUACCACGCUGGAGCCCUGGCCCUGCGGGACAGCUCCGGCGCGUACCUCGCGCCCAUCGGCUCCAAGGCGGUGCUGAAGACUCGCUCCACAGCCGUCACGCGCGACGAGCUGUUCUCUCUGGAGGACAGCCUGCCACAAGCCGCCUUCGUCGCUGCUCUUAAUGAUAAAUACGUCUCUGUUAAACAAGGUGUGGACGUGACCGCGAACCAGGACGAGAUCUCGUCGCACGAGACGUUCCAGCUGGAGUUCGACUGGGCGACGCGCCGCUGGUACAUCCGCACCAUGCAGGACCGCUACUGGACGCUCGAGACCGGCGGCGGCAUACAGGCCAGCGGGGAUAACAAGUCGUCGAACGCCCUGUUCGAGCUGGACUGGCAGGGCGACGGCUCGGUCGCCUUCCGCGCCAACAACGGCAAGUACCUCAUGACGAAGCGCUCCGGACAUCUGUACGCCAACGCCGACGCCAUCGAGGACAACUGCAAAUACUACUUCUAUCUUAUCAACAGGCCGAUCCUGGUGCUGAAGUGCGAGCAAGGGUUCGUGGGUCCGAAGGGCGUGCGGCUCGAGUGCAACAAGGCCAACUAUGAGACCAUCCAGGUGGUGCGCGGACCCAAGGGAGCCGUCUACUUCAAAGGUCAGAACGGCAAGUACUGGCACGCGGACGCGGAGAGCGUGACGUGCGACUCGGACGCGGCGCAGGGCUUCCUGCUGGAGCUGCGCGAGCCCACACGCCUCGCCAUCCGCGCCGCCGACUCGCGCGACUACCUCGCCGCCGCCAAGAACGGCAACUUCCGCCUCGCCGGCGCCGACCUCGCCGCCGCCACACACUGGGAGUACUAGCCGCCCCCACCAACACCACACCACCACCACCAACACACGCUUGGGCCACCGCGCGUCUGCCAUCUUCAAUCUCAUUGUGUUUAUCAUAAAAUAUACUGGUUUUAUAUGCAAGUAUGACGUCACUAAUAAGAUGCUGUCCGAAUAGUAGCGCAUCUUUAAACAUAUCUAAAGACAUUCAUAGCAUUGUUUCUGCAUUUAAAAUAAAUAAUAAUAAACGUAGCCAAAGACCCUGUUGGUUAAACAUUCGUAUUUGUCGUGGUUUAAACGUGGUCAGACUGCAUAUCCGCUCUCCUCCUGUGACAGACGCCGUGCGCUCAAACGAAUCUCCUCAGCGACCUCGUUCACAAUACUCUUCCAAUGUAACCCUAUUCAGAAAGCACUUUUGUUUUGUGAAUGCUAGAUUGGCGUGAGACUUAAUUUUCAUAUCGAACGUGAGAGACGGGCGGACGCUCCUAAUUGGCGCCAUUUUGCCUGCUCCAGCCGCCAUUUUGUUGUCACUAUGGCGGCGAACGAACGACCCAAUCGGCUAAUUCUGAGUGCAGAAUCCGCCGCCAAUGGUUUUUAUAAUGAUAAAAUGGGAAUGUCAGUCAAUGUCCUUGCAUUGUCGCAACACAUUUCGUAACAAAAAAAAUCGUGAAAUGGCGCGAGCGGCGAGCGUCGCCCGACAGUGCAUUUAGUAUGGUUAAGAUUUAGUAUCGCGCGUGAUGUAGUGCGAAUGUGAUCAUGAAAUCGCUUUCACUAUUAUUAUAAUCAUAGAUUUAUUUUCAUAUUACCGCUAGAUCUGCCGGCCACGUCGCUUCGUUUCUAUAGGAUUUGUGACCGUCGCUAGUAACUAUUUAUUUUAGACGUAUGGUAUUGAUGGGAAAUUUUUGAUGAAAUUAUUGGAUAUUUUGUAGCGUCUAGUCGAUGGAUUUUAUACAAUUUACAAUUUUAAACCGGUCACUGAAGUUAGGUUAGUAGCAGAACGCACCGUGAGACUGACAACAGUAACUACUGAACAUAAGAAACACUAAAAUACCGUAAUUAAUUUAAGUUGAAACAGGGAUUUACGCAAUACCAGACGCGAGAGGCGAAGUCGCUGCCGCGUCCUGCCGUCGCGUCUCUGUCUGGCUUAUGUAACUUAAUAUGAACAUGUAAGCUAGUUAAGUUAUUGUAAGUAAUAUCAUAGGAUAAGCUUGGGAAUGCCGCUUCCGACUAUUUAAUCGUCCAUUCCAUGCUUUUUAGACUUAAACUUGAAGAGGGACCGGCGACUGCCCGCAGGCGUUUCAUACUGACGCUUCAAAUAGCACUUGCGAUCCGUUUCUAACUUCAUUUUGUUUUACUGGAUUAUGAGUAUUUGCUAAUGUUUGAAAAUGUUUUUGCCUGCGUUCGCCCGUUCCCUUUUCAAUAAUGAAUUUUUAACGAUUUUUUACAUUUGGAUACAUAUAUAUUUUUUUGUAACCGUAUGUUGUACCGCGCCCGCGGCGAGGAGUCACGGACUCGUGGCACAAUCCUGGAUAAUACCUUUGUAAACUAUUAAUGAAUAAAUUAUAAUAAUCAUAUUGUAA